AUGGUGUUUGUGGAAGGUGCAUGGGAUCUGAAUUUUGCUAGAAGCCUUAAAGAGAAUGAAGUUGCAGAAGUGGUGAAUCUACUGCAAGUAAUUGGAGAUCCUAACAAUCAUCUGAGCUUGGAAGAUUCAGUUGAAGAUGAGAUGCACUGGAAGUAUGGUUUGGGUAAAGGCUUUUCAGUAGCAAACUCUUAUUCUGCUUUGGAAUCUCAUGGCUUUCUUUGUUUCCCUGACAAACAGCUUUGGAAUCCUAAAGCCCCAUUGAAAGUGGAAUUUUUGGCUUGGAAUCUUUGCUACAAUGGUUCACCAACCUUGGAUUAUCUUCAUAAUGCAGGACUUGUGCAGGAUGCAAAGUAUUUAUUCUGCAAUCAGCAUACAGAUACAAAUGCCCAUCUAUUUUUACAUUGCCAGACUACCUACAAGGUAUGGUCUUUCUUCUUAGAUAGUUUUGGUAUCAAAUGGGUACAUUCUUGUGAUGUGAAGAGAACUUUAUGGGAAUGGAAAAACAGGAAAGGAAAAAAAAUGCUUAAGAAAAUUUGGGGCUAUUUUCCAUUUGCUAUCUGGUGGACUAUGUGGAGAGAAAGAAAUAAUAGGUUGCAUAAGAAUAUGACUAGGAAUGUGGAUCAAUUGAUUAUUCAGGUUAAAUGUCUAUUGUUCCAGUGGGCUAUAAACACUGAUGUGUUCUCGGGUUUUAGUUUAUCUACAUUGAUUUGUAAUUGGGAUGUUGUUAUUAACACAUCCAUGUAA